AUGUCUACCCCACAGUUCAAGCUUAUCUUCCGCGUGCCACCUUCCCAUCUGGACGUGUGCAAGACGGCUGUAUUUUCCGCUGGCGCGGGGAAAUACCCGGGCGGCCUCUACGAAGAGGUCAGCUUUGAAUAUCGGGGAAUUGAUCAGUUCCGGCCCAGCGCCGGCUCUACGCCCCAUAUUGGUCAGCCCGGAGUGUUGGAACGAGUGGAGGAGUAUCAAGUUGAGACGCUGUGCGUGGGUGAGGAGGUGAUGCGAAACGCUGUGAAGGCGUUGCGGAAGGCCCACCCCUACGAGCAGAUUGUUGUUGAGGUCGUUCAGCUUGUGGAUAUUGGUGAUAUUGAUCGUCGGUGA